AUGGAAAACGACACCUCGAACUCACAGAACUUUCGAAAAUUCACGUCUAUCGAGAACUCAAAUAGAUCUCUCCAGCAGCCACUUAUGGAUUGUAUCAAUAUAUUUUCAAUAAUCUGGCUCUCAUUGUUUGCAAUUACUGUCCUGACUAAAUUCCUUAUUCUAAUUGUUAGACUCCGUGGUGUAGCCAGGCAAGAAAGUUAUUUUCGAUUCUCCACUGCCACUUAUUGCAUUUUCACUGCUCUUCUCUCAUUUUACAUUCUUGUUCCAAUGCCAUUUUGCUGGAUUUCAUCAGGUUCUUCAGUGUUGGAAACGCAAACAUUUGUGAAGAAUAAUUAUCCGAAUGCAAUGAAGGUAUUGGAUAUCCCCGGAGUUUUUAUUUAUACAGAUUCAUGGAAAUUCCGAAGAAUAUUGAUAGUAACAACUGUCUUGAUGGCAACCGGUGGUUGCUUAUAUCUGAUACUUUGCCAAGUUAUUCUUCAUGAAAUUCAUCAACAAUGCAAGAUUUGGAGUGAAAAAGUAUUGAAAUAUCACAGGAAAGCGUUGAAGGACACGGUGAUUCAGACAAUAAUCCUGACUGUUUUUAUCGCAGCAGCACCAGUUUUUCAUAUUCUGAACGCGUUUCGGGACCCGGAAACUGAUACAAUCACCCUCACAAUCAUUUCCAAUGCUAUUUUUGUCUCUUCUCCCAUUCCAUAUGCCAUGACAAUCCUCUACCAAAACACAGCAUAUCGUCGAUUUAUUGUCUCAAUGUUCCGUUUUCGAAACAAACAAAAAACACCAAGAAUAGGAGCAACUAUCCAGGUUUCGAUCGUCAACAUUAAAAAUAGUCCGAGAACGUCGAAUUCUGGGAAUUAA